GCUGGGAGCGGGCGGUCCCCUCCGCCCCUGGCUGCUCCGCCCGCCCGUGCUCAGGCUGGGCCGCAGCAGAACUGGGAGAGCAGAGCCCGAGCUCGCAGCUCCACUCUGCCGGCCGAGCGCAGGCACAGUCCCCCCGCUGCGCCAGCCCUGACCCCCGGCCGCCCGCUCAGCAAUGAGGGUCCUGAGCGCGCGCUUUCGAGUGCUACUGGCCUGCCUCGCCCUGGUGCUCCCUGUCUCAGAGACAAACUUCUUGUCAAAAGAACGUGCUUCGCAAGUCCUGGUGAGGAAGCGCCGUGCAAAUACCUUGCUUGAAGAAACUAAGAAGGGCAACCUUGAAAGAGAGUGCAUUGAAGAACUCUGCAAUAAAGAAGAAGCCAGGGAGGUCUUUGAAAAUAAUCCUGAAACGGAUUAUUUUUAUCCAAAAUAUUUAGGUUGUUUGGGCGCUUUCCGCGUUGGCGCAUUCAGUGCGGCCAGACAGUCAGCUAGUGCCUACCCUGACCUCAGGAGCUGUGUCAAUGCCAUCCCAGACCAGUGUGACCCUAUGCCAUGCAAUGAAGAUGGGUAUCUGAGUUGCAAAGAUGGCCAAGCUGCUUUCGCGUGCAUCUGUAAACCAGGCUGGCGAGGAGACAGGUGUCAGUAUGAUGUAAAUGAAUGUAAAGACCUCUCAAAUGUCAAUGGAGGCUGCAGCCAGAUUUGUGACAACACUCCAGGAAGUUACCACUGCUCCUGUAAAAGUGGCUUUGCUAUGCUUGCAAAUAAGAAAGACUGCAAAGAUGUGGAUGAAUGCUCUGUAAAGCCGAAUGUCUGUGGCACAGCCGUGUGUAAGAACAUUCCAGGAGACUUCGAAUGUGAAUGUCCUGAAGGCUACCGAUAUGAUCCCUCAUCAAAAUCUUGUAAAGAUAUCGAUGAGUGCUCUGAGAACGUAUGUGCUCAACUGUGUGUCAAUUUCCCUGGAGGCUACAAUUGUUACUGUGAUGGAAAGAAAGGAUUCAAACUUGCCCAAGAUCAGAAGAGCUGUGAGGGAAUUCCAGUGUGCCUUUCCUUGGACCUUGACAAAAAUUAUGAAUUAUUAUACUUGGCCGAGCAGUUUGCAGGGGUUGUCUUAUAUCUGAAAUUUCGAUUGCCAGAUAUCACCAGGUUUUCAGCUGAAUUUGAUUUUCGGACAUACGAUUCAGAGGGCAUCAUACUGUAUGCAGAAUCUCUUGAUCACUCAAACUGGCUCCUGAUUGCGCUUCGUGAUGGGAAGAUUGAAGUUCAGUUUAAGAAUGACUUUUCAACCCAAAUCACAACGGGAGGCAAUGUUAUUAACAAUGGUAUAUGGAAUAUGGUGUCUGUGGAAGAAUUAGACGACAGUGUUAGCAUUAAAAUAGCAAAGGAGGCCGUGAUGAAUAUAAAUAAAUUCGGGAGCCUUUUUAAGCCUACGGAUGGAUUUCUAGACACUAAAAUAUACUUUGCAGGCUUACCUCGGAAGGUGGAAAGCGCACUCAUUAAACCGAUUAAUCCUCGUCUGGAUGGAUGUAUACGAGGCUGGAAUUUGAUGAAACAAGGAGCUUUGGGUGCAAAGGAAAUAAUCGAAGGAAAACAAAAUAAACAUUGCUUCCUCACUGUGGAGAAGGGCUCCUACUACCCUGGUUCAGGAAUUGCUCAGUUUCGCAUAGACUACAAUAACGUAACUAAUGCAGAGGACUGGCAAAUGAAUGUGACCUUGAAUAUUCGCCCGUCCACUGGCACUGGAGUCAUGCUUGCUUUGGUUUCCGGGGACACAGUGCCAUUUGCCUUGUCCUUGGUGGAUUCUGGCUCUGGAACUUCUCAGGAUAUUGUGGUAUUUGUUGAAAAUUCAGUGGCGGCUCGAAUAGAGGCCAUAACUCUGUGCUCGGAUCAGCAAUCCCAACUGAAAUGUAAUGUUAACAGAAAUGGACUGGAACUGUGGACCCCACUUAGAAAAGAUGUCAUUUACUCUAAAGAUCUUCAGAAGCAACUCACAGUCUUGGACAAAGCAAUGAAAGGAACCGUGGCCACUUACCUGGGUGGCAUCCCAGAUAUUUCCUUCAGUGCCACACCAGUGAAUGCCUUUUACAGCGGCUGCAUGGAAGUGAACAUCAAUGGUGUGCAAUUGGAUCUGGAUGAAGCGAUUUCUAAACAUAAUGACAUUAGAGCUCACUCGUGUCCAUCAGUGAGGAAAACCCAGAAGAACUUCUAGAGUCUGUUUCCUAUGCUAAUAGUAUCUCUUUUUUGUUGUAAUUAUGCUCAUGUUUCUAUCACCAGCUGGCAGGUGUUACCUAUGAUGUGCAAUGUUUAAAUAUGACGUGGUACUUCGUCCUUUAGAUUUUUGUUAUAUAAAUCACAUUUUUGAAACGUCUUGCACUCAUUGUUGUCUAGAAAUUAAAUAAUGAAACACAUGAAACAUUUAAACUUCAAUUUACUGCCUAUAAAUGACACUGCUUUAGUUUUUUUUCAUUUUAAAAGUAAGAGUCAUCAUCAGGGAACUAGUAUUUAAAAUGUCCUGUUUUUCUCAGAAGACAAAUCAGUUAAACCCAAACUAAAGCCCAUGUGACUAGACGCUAACAGUUGCAGAGAGACACUAUAUUUUUGUUGUUGCUUUUUGCCCAUGAAAGCGGCAGAGCUGAUAGCAUACCACACGUGAAUCGAAUGGACGGUCUCAAAGCUUUAUUCCAAAGUAAUUCCUUGGAGUGGGGAGCGCUUAGUUUAGGCUUCAUUUUUCUUUUACCCGGCUUUACACUUGAGCCAACACUUUCACUGAAAAAUAGAACAAAGGCAGAUUUUCAUGGGAGCAGCACAUAAAUGUUGUCUCGAAGGCAUUGGUGUCUAUCAGAGGCAACAGGUUAUGCUGUAAGGGCGUGAACAUUGGGCAGACACAUCACUCAACCUAGGCUGUUUAGCACACACAAGGUCGGAGUCAGAAGGGCAGCUGUUCUUACUAGUGGAAAGGAGAGUGAACUUGUCAGGAAAGUCAUAGUUGUCCUUUACAUCGGGUUUUAAUUACUGUUGAUGGCUUGAAUGUUAGGUGGCUUGAAUGUGAGUGUUGAAGUUAAAAAAGUGAAGAAGAGUAGAGUAGAUUUUUAUCAAAAGAAUAAUGGUAAGAGGGAGGCUGGAUACUGUUACAUGUUCUGUCUUUGUAAUGAAAGAAGUUUGGAGGGAAGAUGGUCAAAUAUUUGCUGAUAGUGCACUGCAAUUGGUAAGCCUUUUUUGUUGUUGUUCCUGAGUCGACGAUCAUUUCAGGUGUGCAUCAGAAAUUGGAUUCUAUUUUACUGUAGAUACUUUGCAUCACAUGAAACAUAAUAAAAUGAUACAUAUUUUUCAAA